AUGGAGCGCCGGGACAAGCACACGCUAGAAGAGCUUGUUUUCCAACCUCCCCUCCAUUCCCCCCCCUCCCCAGGGUCCUUCUUUCCCAUCGUUAAAGUUACGAAUCCCAUCAUUCUCAUCAUUGACCUCCAUCCAUAUUCGCCCUUUACAAACAUUCAAGCAAAAAGGGCAAAGAUAAAAAAUAAAAAUAAAAUAAAAAAUCUGCACCCUUCUCAUACUCGCGAUCAACAACCCGUCCCCAUGCACAACCCUAACCCUGCAAACCAGGGAGAGACUGUGUACCACGGGAACGGAAAACAGGAUGAUGAUGGUGGUGAUGCAGGGUGA